AGCUCCAGCUUUUAAGGAGUAGUUUGGCGGUGAGCUGACGGGGAGUCCCUGCUUGAGUCACUGGCUUGCGUGGCGUGGUGAUUCCGGAAAGGGAGGAGGCUCGCUCACCAGUGAAGGAGCCUCAGGUCUCACACCCCUCCGGGACAUGCCCCGUGUGUCUCGUGGUGGUGGCUGCGAGGCAUCUCCUGGCGAAGAAACCUGCUGUCAUCGCCAUGUCUUUGGACUUCUUUCUGCAGCCUCUGGAUGGCGGUCCCCGGGUGCCCGUGGGGCCGGGGCAGACGGUGAUAGGCCGCGGGCCUCUGCUGGGAAUAACAGACAAAAGAGUAUCCAGAAGACAUGCCAUUCUAGAGGUGGUGGGUAGUCAGCUUCGAAUCAAACCAAUCCAUACAAAUCCGUGUUUCCAUCAGUCCUCUGAGGAGAGCCAGCUCUUGCCAAUGAAGACACACGUGUGGUGCUGGUUGAAUCCUGGGGAUAGCUUUUCCUUGUUACUCAACAAGUACUCUUUCCGUGUUUUCUCUCCACAAGCUGAGGUGGAAAUGGAGUGUACUUUAAGGAACAGUCAAAUACUUGAUGAAGAUGACGUGUUGAGUGAGAUGCAUAAGUCCCCUGUGAUUAAGCUGCCUGAUGAGACAACCAGUGCUUCACGGCUGCAAGGAAGCCCUGAACUAACCAAGUGUGCUGCCGUCGAGACUCCGUCCUCUUCAGGUGCACGUGGAGAUGGCAGUGGGCACCAGCCACACCCUGCCCAGAGGAAAAGAAUCCUCCCAGCUUGGAUGUUAGAAAAUUUAAGUGAUCAAAACCUUUCAGCACCUGUUACGGGUGGAGAUAAGGAUGUCAUCCAGAGGAGUGGAGAAGAAGGAACCUGCAAAGAUAAAACUCCAGUAAACAGAACAUGGCAUGGAAGAAAGCGAUUAAUUUCACUAGGAAAUUCAGAAAGUAUGUCAGCAGAACAGGAUCCUGGGAAAAAAUGUAAAAGUUCUGAUCAAGAAGGACCAUUUGUUUCAUCCAAGGAAGUUCCAGAAUCAUUGUCUUCAAUCACAUUAGGUGAUCCAGAUCCAGAUACUGUGAAGAUGAGUGAACCGAACACCGCAGUUCCAAUAGAGGAGCUUGGCGAGGUUUCUAGACAUAAAACUGUCAGCCAAGCAACAACAGAUGGAGAGGGGGAGACAGUGAGCCGUCCUGAGAGUCAUUCAAGCGUCCAAAGGAAGUCACCUCCCGAGACAUCGCAAGGGUUCUGUCCUGAGUCCAGCUCUGCUCCCUCCAGUCCUGAUGCUUCGCACACAGUGGCUGAUUCAGUUCUAGGCUGUUCAGAAGGAAGCAAGGUCCGGAGGGCGUCCUGCAUGUAUGGGACUGACUGCUACAGGAAGAAUCCUCUCCAUUUUCAACAUUUCAGCCACCCUGGUGAUAGUGAUUAUGGAGAUGUACAAGUCACAGAUGAAGGUGUAACUGGUGACAGGCCUGAGUGUCCCUAUGGGGCAUCUUGUUACAGGAAGAACCCCCAGCACAAGAUGGAAUACAGACACAGUGCACUUCCGGUCAGAGUGGCUCUAGAUGAAGAUAGUGAUGAUGUUGGGCGGCCCAGUGAGAAGGACCCGAAUGACAGCUUUGCUGACGACGAGGAUGAGGAAGAAGGAUAUGAGCCGACAGAUGAGGAUUCAGACUGGCAACCAGGAGAGGAUGAUGAGAAGGAAGAUGUGGAAGAGCUUUUGAAAGAAGCAAAAAGGUUUAUGAAGAGGAAAAAGUAACUUUUCUACAAUAAUAUAAAACUCAGAUUUGCUUUUUCUUUAUGGGAAACAUCCAGAAACUGAGUAGGCACUUCAGUAAUCAUUUACUUCUUUUAAUAGUUCUCUGCACUUGAAACACCAGCCAUCAGUGAAGUAGGUGGACUUUAUGUGAUUGCCUGCUUGGUGUCUAUUUAAUUCAUCUGUCAGUGGAAGCAGGUCACGAGGUUAGGCAGGGACUGAUAUUUUUCAUAUACUUUACAUACUGCGAAUAAAAGCCAUAGGUUGUACACACCUUUGACCUUUGUAGUGUACUAUGCAAGCUUAUCCAGGCAACCGCAGAACUGUGGGAGGCAUAGCCCUCCACUGCUGUUUAGAGUCCCCCCCCCUCCCCCCAAAGCUCGACUUGAUCAAAAUGACAGCCAUGCAGUGUCUGGUAUUUUUCUAAUUCAUUAGAUGUGGCUUGUGAUUUCAUUCAUGCUUUUGUCCUUUGGAUCCUGGGGAAAUUAUGAACCAACCGAUGAUGGAAAUGAUCUUGUUAUCCCAUAGGGAAGCGAUGCUCACCUUGCAGGGAAAUGCUUUCUGCACACCCCACAACUUCAGCUCUUUUCACAUCAUGCCCUUCUUGAUUACUUCACUUGCACUGUGUAGCUUUACACUUAGGCUGCAGAAAAGCUUCUGGCCAUAGUUUUCUCAGAGAGUCUCCUCAGCUUGGCCGAGAGGGGAAAGUUCCCUGCCAUGGUUAGGGUUCUGGCCUCUAAGAAGGCCCUGCUCCAAGUUAAUGAGGUACAUCUCCUCACUCCUGCCCUUGAACCAAGCUCUCAGUAGCUCUUCAUUUUAGGCAGCUUAGAGUUUCUAGGAGCGCAGUUUUCACUGUGAGCGGAGUCUACACACAGAGCUGGAGUGUAUCAUCAUGAAGCAGUGAGCUGGAAACACCGUGUCAUGCUUUAAGAGGAAACAAAAUGCGCGUCUUAGAAGAACAGAAGGUGUUGAGUAUGGUUUCUUAGUAUAUAUGAGUCUCUCCAUGUAAUUGUACAAUGUUAAAUUUUACUUAAACUAAAGAAGGACAAAAUAAAUAUUUCUCUAUACUCUUA